AUGAACAAGAUCCGAAAGUUUUUCCGAGGAAGUGGGAGAGUCUUGGCAUUUAUAUUUGUAGCUUCUGUCAUCUGGCUACUCUUUGACAUGGCAGCUCUCCGCCUCUCAUUCAGUGAGAUCAGCACUGGGAUACUUAAAGAAAACAUCAGGAGGAGGGAGCAGACAGGGAUCAGAUUCCAGCCAGACCAAAUGAAGAUCCUUUACAACAACAUUCCAGGAAUGAAGCUGCCCCGGAAUGGAGUUUGGGGAAAGGAGAACUUUAGAAAGGCAGAGGACCACGCACUCAAGGUUGACGAGCAUAUGGACCAAGUCCAGAGGAGAGGGAAAAUGCAGAUCCCCUUGGGAAGGGGAAAAGCUGUACCUUUGUGGCAUGCUGCACAUCUGCGAACCCUCCCAGAGCCUCUUACUGUGCAGAAGACAGAUGGGAGAGACAGCAAACCUAAAGCCUCCUCCCAGCAUAUGACUCCCAAGCAAACAACAGUUUCAUCACAGAGGACCCCAUCUGCGGCAUCAAGAGGAACAUUACUGACCAAUAUAUCAGUACACACAGAAGCCUUUACUACAAAACAAGAGGCCCCAGAGAAUCACACUCUCAGCAGGCAGGCAUCAAAGCAAACAUCUGAAAAAACCCUGAAUGUGACCAUCAGGGUCAGGACUGACAGCUCAAAGCAGCAGUCACAGACAGUAACAAAAUCGAAGACACACUUUGCCAACUCUCCAAUCCUGAAAUCUGGGGAAGACGUAGCCAUAAAGAAAACUGAGGCUCAGGGCAAAGAACUAAAACACAAAGCCCAUAAAGUGUUACCUCUUUUUAAGUUUAUCGCUGAUACAAGUCGUUUAAAGAAGCAAUCUAUGAAUGAGACACAGCAGGGAGGCUUGCCAGAAGAUGAUAACGCCAAAGUGGCACCAGGGAAGAAACUGAACAUCUCAGAAAGCCAGGUUGUGGUUAUAACCAAAGAGGAGGACCUGAGGACAGAUACCAAAGAGGUGCCUGAUUUUAAAACCCAAACCAUCGUUCCUAAAUUACUGGGUGGAAGCCAAGAGAAACACUUCCCCAGGAAUCAAAGUGAGACAUCUUCCUCUCUGCUAGCUCCACAGAGAGCAGUGUCUCAAGCCAAGCUGUCCUUAGCAGGGGCACUCCAUCCAGGAAGAAGAAACUUGACUGCCAAGGCCCAGACUGUGGGAUACCAUCAAAACCACACAAAUACCCCUGAAAACCCUGGAAGGCAUCGUGUACUGAGAAUAGAUGUGACCCUUUCUCCAAGGGAUCCCAAUGCUCCGGGUCAGUUUGGGCGCCCUGUGGUGGUUCCGCCUGGAAAGAAGAAGGAGGCAGAACGAAGAUGGAAGGAAGGAAACUUCAAUGUCUACCUUAGUGACCUGAUUCCAGUGGACAGAGCCAUUGAAGACACAAGGCCUGCCGGGUGUGCAGAGCAGCUGGUUCACAAUGACCUCCCCACCACCAGCAUCAUCAUGUGCUUUGUAGAUGAGGUGUGGUCCGCUCUCCUGAGGUCCGUGCACAGCGUCCUCAAUCGCUCUCCUCCACACCUCAUCAAGGAGAUUCUGCUGGUGGAUGACUUCAGCACCAAAGACUACCUAAAAGCUGAUUUGGAUAAAUACAUGUCUCAGUUUCCAAAAGUGCGGAUUCUUCGCCUCAAAGAGAGACACGGCUUGAUCAGAGCGAGGCUGGCAGGGGCACAGAAUGCAACAGGGGAUGUGCUGACAUUCCUAGACUCUCAUGUGGAAUGCAAUGUGGGCUGGCUGGAACCGCUUCUUGAAAGAGUUUACUUAAAUAGGAAAAAAGUGGCCUGCCCAGUAAUUGAAGUCAUCAAUGACAAGGACAUGAGUUACAUGACAGUGGACAACUUCCAAAGAGGAGUCUUCACGUGGCCCAUGAACUUUGGCUGGAGAACAAUUCCUCCAGAUGUUGUUGCAAAAAGCGGGAUUAAAGAAACUGACGUGAUAAGGUGCCCAGUCAUGGCUGGCGGAUUAUUUUCUAUUGAUAAAAGUUACUUUUAUGAACUUGGAACUUAUGACCCUGGUCUUGAUGUUUGGGGAGGAGAAAAUAUGGAGCUGUCAUUCAAGGUCUGGAUGUGUGGUGGUGAAAUCGAGAUUGUUCCCUGUUCCAGAGUGGGCCACAUCUUCCGAAAUGACAAUCCGUACUCCUUCCCCAAAGACCGCAUGAAGACAGUGGAGCGGAACCUGGUGCGGGUGGCUGAAGUCUGGCUCGAUGAGUACAAGGACCUCUUCUACGGCCACGGGGAUCACCUCAUAGACCAAGGGUUGGAUGUGGGCAACCUGACCCAGCAAAAGGAGUUGCGGAAGAAGCUCAAGUGCAAAGGUUUCAAGUGGUACUUGGACAACGUCUUCCCUGAUUUGAAGGCUCCCGUUGUGAGAGCUAGUGGUGUGCUUGUGAAUGUGGCCUUGGGCAAGUGCAUUUCUGUUGAAAACACCACAGCCAUGCUGGAAGACUGUGAUGGGAGCAGCCAGCGUCAACAGUUCAAUUACACCUGGGUAAGACUGAUUAAACACGGACAGUGGUGCCUGGCUCCCGGCACUGAUAAGGGACCCCUGAGACUCCAGCCAUGUGAUAACAGAAACACCAGCCUCAAGUGGCUGCACAAAUCAGCAUCGAGCUUUCAUCCAGAACUGGUGGAUCACAUUGUCUUUGAACACUACCAGCAGUUGCUAUGCAUGGAAGGAAAUGCUUCUCAGAAGACGCUGACAGUGGCCACUUGUAACCCAAUGGAACCAUAUCAAAAGUGGAAAUUUGAACAAUACUAUUAAGGCUAAAGAAAGAUGGUUUAUCUAGUUAACCCUCCAGAUUAUCUGUGAAAAUGAGACUAAAGUUGGUGACUGUAUUUCUUUCCAUGGUAUUUUAAGUUUUCCAUUUCAAUAGCAUUUAAAUGGAAGGUUAUUUUUUAAAGAUAACUCAGGGAAACAGGUCACCAUUGGACUGGAAUUCUUCAGCUCUAGGUGGCCUUUGGAUGUGUCUGUGCCCGCCCAGUGCC